AUGGCCUCAUCAAAAAUUCCUCGAAAUCUCCCACUCAUUCUGGAUAAACUCAUGCUAGAAAAUAACAAGAUCAAUUUCUCGAACAUGAGCUACCUCGCCGGUAUACAACAUGUGAAGGAGCUGUACUUAUCCAAAAAUUACUAUUACUGGAAUCCCUGUGAGACUGACUUUACCAUUGGAAACGGCACCUUCUCAUUAUUGAAUAACUUGAAGGUUUUGAUGUUGGCCUAUAAUAAUUUAACUCAACUUCUGAAAGUACUGCCAAGCUCUAUACAAAUAUUACACCUUGAUUCAAACAAGAUACAGCAAAGGAUGAUUUCCUUGGACUAACCCAUCUAAACAUCCUGGAAUUACAGGGAAACUGUCCAAGAUGCUCCAAUGCUCCAUAUCCUUGUGUUCCCUGCCCUAAUGAUUCUCUGGAUAUUCAUCCUCAUGCAUUUCAUGGUCUUACACAGUUACAGACACUGCACCUAGCAGGCAACUCACUUCGUUUCAUCAAUAACUUGUGGUUUGAGAGCUUGAACAAUCUUACACAUCUGUUCCUAUAUUUUAAUUACUUAGCAAAUUGUAUCACCAAUGGACAUUUUUUUUAGCUAUCUACCAAAACUAGACAAUAUAGAUUUUUCAUUUAAUUAUGAUUUGCUUGCCUACCCUGAAACCCUACAGCUUUCAAAAAACGUUUCACAAUUGGUGUCUCUUACAACAUUACAUAAAAUUGUUUUUGUUUUUAGGGAAAUUCAUUCAGAAACGCUCAGACCACUUAUGAACUCAAAAAUCUUUCAGUGUUGAACAUCGGAACAAACUUAAUUGUUCGCUCUGAUUCCCCCAUAUUCAGCAAAUUCUCAAACUCAAGUCUCAAA